AUGGCUACUGUGCCGCAAGAUCCCCCAACUGCGGCCGCGACCGCCAAUCCUGACCCUACGAGCAGCGACGCCAAGCCUACAACCGACCCUGCGGAGACCACAGCACCGGCAUCCGAACCAGCACCCACGACCACGGAAUCAGGUCCGGACGCAACAGCUGAGAACGCGAAUGGGGCAUCUCCAAACGGCCAUGCUGCGACGGACGAUCAGAAGCCAUCGGACGCGCCUGCUCCGGCGCCGACGACCGCUGCCUUCAAGGUGAACAGGAAGCCGGUCGGGCAACAAGCAGACCUGCCGCCUAACACCGCCACGACAACGAGUACCAGAUCACCAAGGACGUCGACGAGUGCUUGUGCUUGCGAUACGCGCGGCACUUCUAUCGAGGUCGACAACUCGAAACCUGUCGACUUCGAGGGCGAGAUCCCCACCAACAACCACUUGCCUUCCCCCGAGACCUUGAAGAAGAUUGAGAACUAUGUAGUCCUGGACAGACAUGGCAAAAGCCACCCUUUCAAGAGCCUCUACACUGGACGCAAUGUCGCAAGGCGUGUCCUCAUCAUCUUCAACUGCCAGGAAUUUCUGCGCACCCUGUCCGAGUCUAUAACCCCCGACGCCCUCCUUGGCCUGCCCAUGAGCACCUUUAUCGCUGUUGUCGGUUGCGGCAACCCAGGUCUGAUCGACAUGUACCUCCAAGAGACAGGCUGCCCAUUCCCCGUCUACACAGACCCUACGCGGCGCCUGUUCGACAACCUGGGCAUGACACGCACUCUCGCCCUGGGCGAGCGACCAGCCUACAUGCGCAAGUCGAUGUUCAAAUCGGCCGCAGAGAGCGUCUUCCAGGGGCUGAAGCAAGUAAAGGCCGGCCUGGCCACCAAAUCUGGCGACCACAGGCAGGUCGGCGGAGAGUUCCUGUUCGAGCCCGUGGAGCUCAUGAGCCCCGUCGGAACGCCAUUCGUCGAACGACAACUCGAACAAGCAAUGCAAAACUCGCAAAAAGAGGACAUCAGCCAAGACGGCAUCGAUGGAGAGGGCGGCGAUGACGGCGUUUACGUUGAGGAAGAGAAGAAGGUUACCUGGUGCCACCGCAUGCGAUCCACCCGAGACCACGCAGAAAUACCCGAGUUGAUGGAGGUGCUGGGCCUGACGGGGUCAGGGAAGCCCAUCCAGGAUAAUAAGAGGUGGUCGAAGGCGCUCGAGACACGGAAAGGCACCGGCCUGAGCAUGGCAAGUCAGAUGAGCAAGCUGAGCGGCGAGCAACAACGAGCAUAG